UUAGCCGGAAUUAUGUAUGAGAAGUGGGGGCUUGCGAUUUUAAAUCGUCUUCCUCCUCUGGACUGGAGUACCGGACCUGAUGACCGACGAUGGUAAUGGCAAUGUAGUAUGCGGUCGCGGGCGGCCAUGUGGGCAGUGGCCGCCGCUGCCGGUAUUCUAUUUGGCGUAUAUAUUCCCCCUGUCCAUGCGGUGGUUCCCGCAUCCACCUCGCCAUUAUUUUCUUCUCCUCCUCUUCGCUGUCCAUCCAUCCAUCCGUCCGUCGGUCCUCUUCUUGGCUUCUCCCUCCGAUCCCCGCUGCCCGCCCCACCUGCCUUCAUAUUCGCCGCCCGGCCGACAAACAAGCUUCGGGCUAGCUAGCUAGGUGUGCUUUCUUUCGCGCCAUUGCCUCGAUCGGCGGCGGCGGCGGCGGCGGCGGCGGCGCCCAGGUUUUGAGGAGUCGAGCAGGGGAGAAGGCAGGAAGUAUGCUGGGAGCGAGCCCCAAGAGCAGGAAGGGCGCGGCGGUGAAGCUGGGGUCGAUGAAGGAAGUGCCGGCGCCGGCGGUGGCGGUGGCCGCAGCCGGUGGAGGAGGGAACGGCGGGAAGGUGCCGGCGGAGGAGGUGUGGGAGGUGCGUCCGGGCGGGAUGCUGGUGCAGAAGAGGGGCGGCAUCGGCGGCGGGGCGGGCGACGACGAGCCGUCGCCCAACGUGAAGCCGGUGCCCACCAUCCGGGUCAAGGUGAAGCACGCCGGCGUCACGCACGAGAUCUACAUCAGCUCCGAGGCCUCCUUCGGGGAGCUGAAGAAGCUGGUGGCCGCCAAGACGGGGCUGCACCCGGACGACCAGAAGGUGCUGUACAAGGACAAGGAGCGCGACUCCAAGGCGUUCCUGGACAUGGCCGGCGUCAAGGACCGCUCCAAGGUGGUGGUGGUGGAGGACCCCGAGGCCCGCGCGCGCCGCCUCAUCGAGGAGCGCCGCAACGGACACCUCGAGAAGGCCGCCAGGGCCGUCGCCGCCGUCACCGCCGAGGUCGACAAGCUCGCCCCCAAGGUGGCGGCGCUGGACGCGUCGGUGCGCAAGGGGGAGAAGGUCGCGGAGAACGACGUGGUGCAGGUGACGGAGCUGCUCAUGAACGAGCUGCUCAAGCUCGACGCCGUGGUCGCCGACGGCGACGUCAAGGCGCAGAGGCGGAUGCAGGUGAAGCGCGUCCAGAAGUACGUGGAGACGCUGGACGCGGUGGCAGCCAAGAACGCCGCCAUCAUCCGCAAGUCCAGCGAGAAGGCCGCCGCCAAGCCAGCACCACCGCCGCCGCAGCAGUAUCAUCAGCCAAGGCACCAGCCGCCGCCGCAGCAGCAGCAGCAGCAACCGAGGCAUCAGCACCACCAGCAGCAGCAGGGGCCGACGCGGUGGGAGAUGUUCGACCUGCUGUCGUCGCUGCCAUCCACGUCCUCGGCCUCGUCAACGACCACCGUGAGCUCCACGGCGUCCUCCGGCGCGCCGCCGACGAACCGCCUGGACUGGAUGCUCUGACUCUGAGUGCAACCCGUCACCGGCCACCGGCCACCACCAGCGCAAAAGCAGCAGCGAGUCCGAUGUGGGGGGAAAGCGAGAGGGCGAGUGCAGAUGCGAUGCUUGUGUGCCAAGAAUUGCACCCUCUGCCUGCCCACCCUGCCCGGCAGAAAUCUGGUAGCUCUCCUGAUGAGGCCAUGAUUGGAUUUGGGCAGGCAGGCAGGCAGGGCUACGCUAGCUUUGAUCACACAACUGCAUUGCGCUGCAUGGUACCGUACCAGCCAAUUCUAGUUCAUCAAUCAAUCAUUCAUGUGAGAGUAAUUUUUUUUUUUUCUUCUUCUUCUUCUGUUCUUCUUGUUGCUGUUCAUGAAACGUUUGAGAUUCUUUUGUGUGCAUACUAUUCAGAUAGAGAAAGAUAAAGAGAGAAUGAGAGAGUUGGUUAGGGCAAGUGAAAUGUAUUCAGAUUGGGAAUAAUAAGCUAGUUGUUGAGUCAAAAAAAAAAAGGAUUGUCGUCGUCCAUGUCCAACUGCAGUUGUCGUUGGUGUCUACUCUGAACUCUGAAGAAAGGAACAAAGCAAGAAAUGUAGCCAUGCCUACCUACACUA